AUGUCAGGCGCACCCCGCACCCAGCCGCUGUCUACCUCUGACUCAAGCCCGAGCUCGAGCUCAAGAACCGAGUCAAGCUUACCCACGACGCGCAACACGACACCGGCGAACUAUCAGGAAGAGGCUGACUCGAGGCCGUCGCCCACGUUCCUCGCAGAGGUCGACGAGUGGUUAAACCAGAUCAGCAAGCAGGUGGACGAGCUGGAGAGGCGUCAUCGGGCACACCUUUCGAUUGAGAUAAAGUGGACGCCGGAGAUGAAAGCCGCUUGGAACGGCCGGAAGCAGGAAAAGGAGAGGAGAAAAGGGGGACAUGAUGUGAAGAUCCACAAAGCCUGA